AUGCAGACUGAAAUCAAUUCUACGUCAAAAACAAUAUUGGGUGAGAAUCAUGAUAGUUAUGCUCUUCCGAUAGAAUCUGGAAAAGCCAUAGCACUAACCAUGAAUUUUCCACAAUAUCAUUCAUCUAUAUCAAAAAUGGCAAUAACUGAAAAUAAUCAAAUUCAAAAUCAACUUUCAAAUGAACAUUCACAUUGUAAUCAUAUUACAACUGAUCCUCAUGGUUGUCUCGACUGUAUAUCAACUAUGUUUGGACCAAAUUAUGCACCAUUUGCUGCAUUCAUGCAUGAAUUUUCUGAAUUUGCACAAACACAAAAGACGAUUGCUAUGAAACAAAAUGAUUUAAUUGAAAAUCUUCUUUCUUAUCAUCAACAACAAAAUUCAAAAAAACCUACAUUAAAUGAACAAGAACUUCAACAUGUUUUUACUUACGGUACAUGGUCAAAUGGAAAAUUAGUUGGUAUUAAUCUUAUAGUCUUAAGUAUUUAUUUGGCAACAAUCCGCGAUGUUACAGAUCCUGUUCUGGCAUUUAUUCGUGCUUAUAGUCGAAUUUAUGGAGAUGAAUUUCAAUACUUUAAAAUAAUUCUUAUUUUGAUUGGUGUUGGUGUUUUAUAUAUCAUAGCCGUAAUUGCUUAUUUUUCUGGUUUAAUUGGACAUUCAACAAUGGUGACUAUAAUUGGAUUGAUAUUUAAUUUACUCGGAUUAUUGAGUUCAGUAAUUCUUGUGUGUAUAGUUUUGUUUAUGGGUGAUCGAGUUAGUUAA